AUGCAGUUCAUGGCCCCAAUGGCCGAAGAGCCCUUCUAUCGCUCUCAACCCGAUGAAGGCUUCGAAUCCUGCAACUUUUCCUAUAAGGCCAAGACAGUGCAGGUGAAGGACUCCCGCCCUAUCAAAGACCAGUUUCAUCUCGAUACGCACGGCUUCGCCUACGCAGACGAUGCUGAAGGGGCGGCGUUCGUCGACCAACUUCGGACCAAUGAACACGGCGCUAAAGAGCGCUAUUAUGAGCACCUUCAGGGCCUGAUCAUGAAACACACUGGGGCCUCGCGAGUCGUCAUAUUCGACCAUACCAUGCGCCGUCGUGACCCCUCGUUGGCGGGCAAGAACCCUGAUGGUCGAGAGCAACCCGCAGCUUACGUACACAUCGACCAGGGCCCGGUAGGGGCUGCACGUCGCGUCCACCAGCAUCUUGGCUACGAGUCAGAUCGCCUGCUCAAGGGUCGUGUGCAGAUCAUAAACGUGUGGAGGCCCCUCAAUGGCCCUGUGCAAGACUGGCCGCUUGCUACCAUGGACUUCACUAGCCUGAAGCCUGGAAACUACCAUCCCACAAACUUGUAUCGUAACCGGUUCGAGCUGCGGGGUCAGUCUUGCAACGUUUCGCAUCAUGAAGAUCAACGGUGGUAUUAUCUCGACGCGCAGCAGAACAGCGAGGUUACCUUCAUUAAGAUCUGGGAUAAUAAACCGGCGGUCACUGGAAAAGAAGAGGAAGGCAAAGAGAGAAUGGAGACAAUCUACCCCAUCAAUUGCGCUUGCACGCUAUCAGCGAUUCGCGUCCUGAUGCGCAUCGAACAACUCGGAGAUGUCAAAGUGGGGUUGGAGACAUUGCUGGAAGUGAUGGAGGAUGCAGAAACUCGGUGCUAUGCCGUUCUCAACUGCGCGGCAUGUUGCCAGCGGCGAUUCUCGCUGGCCAGUGUUACGGUUGUCAGCGCCACCGUGAUUGAAUGGGUACGUGGGACAGGGCUUGGAGCAGGUCUCGACCACACCGUAUCUCUCGGAGAUAUCCACCUGGAUCGGGCGGAUGCCGAAAUGCUAAGCCGGAAACUCAUGCAGCUUCAACUCCGGCACUUUGUACAAGUCAUGGCCCGACUUGAGAGUGCUCUCACCAGGACCAGGUCGGCGCACACGGCUGCAUACCAGGAUCUCGUCCGCGCUAAGAUGCAGGAGCUGCAGGAAUUUAAGCAGCAGGUCCCGAAAUGA